CUAUCAGUAAAUAAUUUAGUGGUAUUCAAUUUGUACAAAUUACGUCAGCAAGUUCUACUUUCAGUUUUUCAAUAUCAUUCAUUGUCAAAAAAACUUAUCAUGGUAAAUGGCUCGGAGAUUGCUUUUGAAGCAAGGUGUCCUUACCCUUGAUGGAUUACCAGGCCUCAAUAUCAAAAGACAAACAGAUUUUUCAACUAGCUGUCCUAGAUGUAUGUCACAUGCUGGGUAUAUGAAUAAUUUUUCAAGAUCUCCUCAUUUAUUAUGCAAUCAAACUGCUGGGAAACUUAUAUAUUUAUACUCAGUGAGUAGUACAAAACCAUCAGGAUGUUUAGGAAGUGCUGUUAAGCUGAGUACAUUUACAGAAACUAGUUAUACAUGUAGAAAAUAUGUUCAAUUAGUAUAUGGAUCAAAUUGUAGAGAAUUUAGGAGCUCUUGCAUCAAUGCUGCUGCAACCCAAAACUCUAGAGAUGGUUCAGAUUCUGACAGUGAUGAGCAUAUAAGACCAGCUUUAGAUAGUGUUUUACCUUCUGUGCCUCCUCCAACACAUGUAGAUAUAGUUCCAGGGAAAGGACCUCCUCCAGAACCUCCUGUAGACUGCUGUAUGAGUGGAUGUGCUAACUGUGUCUGGAUACAGUACGCAGAAGAACUCAAGAAUUAUUACUCACUAGAUCAAGGCAGUAAAAAAGCCAAAGAAGCCAUUGAACUGAUUGAUAAUCCUGGACUAAAAAUGUUUUUAAAAGUAGAGCUUGGUUUAUUGUGAUAUUGUUAGAUUUGCUACCUACAGAUCCUUGUACACUCUGUAUUUUACUACAUGAAAAAAGGAGACUAGACAUUAGGAAACAGAAUAGGUCUUUUGUACUGUUUGUUUUUAUAUUCCCUUUUGUAUUCUGUUGAAGAUAAUGAAUACAGCAAUAGUUACCCUAGAUAUAUGAUAAUACCAAACAGCUUUUAAUAUAGGCUUAUAAAUAUUGUUUUUACUUUAAAAAUUUUUACCACCUUAUUUUUAAACUAAAUUAAGAUUUUAAAGUUGUUAAUAUAAUUAUGUUUUAUUUUUUGUCUUAAGAAUCUACUUUUUAAGCACUUCAAGCAUGUUAAAAAUGAUGUUGUAUUUAUUGAUAAUUAUAUGAUAAUACCAAACAACCCUUAAUCAUAGGCUGUAAUGUAAAUCAAAGUCUGUGUCUUAAUUUAGGCUUAAAUAUUGUUUUUACUUUUAAGAUUUUGUACCUCUUUAUUUUUAAACUAAAUUAAGAUUUUAAAGUUGUUCAUAUGUUUAUUACAUAUAAAAUAUUAUUAUAAAAUAUGUCAUAAGAAUCUUCUUUUUAAGCACUUCAAGCAUGACAAAAAUGAUGAUAUAUUUAUUGACCUGAGCUCAAAUUUUUUAUGAUGAUUUUAUGAUUAAUUUUGAUAUCCCUGGAGCAAUUUUAGCAUAUAUUGUUACACACCUGGCAGUUUGUCAGUCUGUAGCGUCCACUCUGUAUCUUUUGAACCAAUGGAAGGAAAUUGAAACUACAAGGCGGAGAGCAGAUUUAACCUUUAUGUCAAGGUGAAGGUCACACUUAGUCAUAAUGUAUGAAUAUCAAAAUUUUGUGUCUUAUCUGUAUCUUUUGAACCAGUGGAAGAAAAUUAAAUUAUUUGACAGAAAUAUUAGUUAUAAUGAGACAACGUGCAGAAAGCAGGUUUUGGCUUCCUAUGAUCAAAAUUGGCCUAUCCCAGCGGUUUCUUAAUAUAUAUAGACUUUACAUACAUGUAGGAAAACACAUUUAAAUGUUAAUAUGUGUAACUACAAUGCCCAGAGCUUAGAUAUGUGGCAUGUAACAAUGUCCUAUAGACAUCCACAAAAGAGAUAUUAAUCAUGCUCCUUGAGUUAAUGUUGGCCCUGCCCUGGGGUCACAUGCCUUAUGCUGACAUAUGUAUAAGAAAAUACAAUUCUAAAUCUCUUUAGUGGAAAUUUACUAUGGUCAGAGCAUAUAUAUUUGGCAUGUAAAAUUGCUUAGUAGACCUUACUAAAGUUCUAUGAAUCAUGUUCCUUGGGUCAAAAAUGCUCUCGCACCAGGGGUUUAUUUAAUAAUAAUAAGGUCAGAAUAAUAUUUUUCAGUCAAGCUUCAUAAAAUAAUGGGUCUCUUCCCUUAUUGAAAGAUUAUUUUUAAAUACACAAAAAAUUUUUCAUUCAGGUGCAUAUGCAGUCACUCAGGUGUAUCCAAUUUCCCUGGAUAUUUUUGUUAUCGUGUCAGCUCAUUCUAAAUGCAACCCAAUAGUUGAAUAUUUGUUAUUUUCAAUUCUUAAGAUAUAUAAAAUUGUAUUUAACAAAAUAUAUGUAAACAUUGUGACUAAAAUUAAUUUCAUUAGAUUGGAAAUUCUUUAUUUGAUUAGUUAGGCACAAGGGCCAUGAUAGCUUCUUGUGUUUACUACUUGAUCACAGAUAAUUUACUAUAUGAAUUUAAUAUAUGUAUGUAAGUUAUUAAAUUUCCCCUGUAGAAUCCCUCAUCUUUUGAUGAAAGGUAAAAUAUAAACUAGAUAUUUUUUCAAAAGUUGAUUUUCUACCAAAAUUUGAUUCACUUUAAUUUUUGAAAUAGCUAUGCUUUUAUUAAAAAAAAUAAACUUUAUUACAUUUGACCAGAUGAAAAAAUUAUUAUUGAACACAAAUGCAUUUGCUGACAUUGUUUGAAGAAUUUUGUUUUUUGCCAAGAAACCAUUUGAAAUGGAGCACUUUUAUUUAUUGGAAUUAUAAAAUACAGCUAAAUUGUCUUUUCAUCACCUGUCUUUGCUAAUCUAAAACUUAGCUAUUUUAGGGGUAAAUGCUGCUAGGCUGGGAGCUUUGUAAAUUUGCAUGAAACAAAUAUGUUGAGAUAGUAAUUUUGCAAGAUCUAUUUUUGGAACUUGAAAAUUUUUUAUUGAAUAAAUAAUUUUUUACAAUUUCAAUUUUUAAAUGAGGAGAAUUUCUCUUUAAAGCUGUUACCCAUUACUGGAUACAUGUUAUUUAACCUUCUUAUCAGACAGUUGUUUGAUCUUAGGAACAUUUAUUUCAGAUACCUGUGAGCUUAAAGCCUUUUAGUUUUAAAUGAGAUCUCAAAUCCAUGGGGUAAUAUCUGAAAUGAUAAUCUUUUAAUAAGCCUUAUUUUAGGAAAUUUUAUGAAAAUGUACACCUUAAACACCAGGGUUCCACUUAUAUCAAGAAACUGUGAUAUCUUUUUCUACUUUUAAAUCAUUAAGAUGAUAUCAGACACAGGCAGGAUGAGAAAACAGAUAUAGCAGUGAUCUAAUAUAACAUGCAAUAUUAUAUGGUUUAUUUUGCACUUUUAUCUGUUAUAUAACUGUUUUAUAUGUUGUGAUUACACUCAGUAGGAGACCCUGUGUUGUUUCAGGGAACACCCAUUUCUUGUUUAUAACUUACUGUUUGAUGGGGGCAUUCUUGUAGAUAUUUUAUUACCAUUCUUGCAUUAUUUAUUAAAUUAUAAUAUGAUUUUAAAAUUGUUAUAUGAUGUUUAAUUAACAAUGAAAUAAAGGUGUUGACUUGUU